AACAAAUACUUGGAGCGAAGGCCAGUGGUGUCCACGCAGCUGAAUCAAUGCCACAAAAGGCCUUCCAAUCUGCGAUUCAUUUUCAGUUUUCAGAGUGUGUGUAAUUACCUAAUUCCAACGUCAAUGGUUAUUAUGGCUUUGUGUUCUUCAACAGCUCUCUUGCCUUUCAAUCGGAUUUCAAUUGGUUCAAAGCGGCUGGGUAAGUUGUUUUCGGUUUCUCCUAGGUGGAGUAUCCGUUCACCUUUGUUCCCAAACUCGCCAAGGAGUAGAGGAUUUCGAUUUGUUGCUUCGAGUGCAAUUGGGACGAAUGAAGGUGUUGCAGAGAUAUCUCAAGGAGAGACACGGCCGCGAAUCUAUAAAUGGCCUGAUAAUAGGAAGCCAAGGGUGUGUAUCCUGGGUGGUGGAUUUGGAGGCUUAUAUACUGCAUUGAGACUAGAAUCACUGGUAUGGCCUGACAACAAGAAACCUCAGGUGCUUCUUGUUGAUCAGUCUGAGCAUUUUGUUUUCAAACCAAUGCUGUAUGAGCUUCUAUCCGGAGAAGUCGAUGCGUGGGAAAUUGCUCCUCGAUUCUCAGAUUUGCUUGCAAACACUGGUGUUGUGUUUCUACAAGACAAAGUAAAACUGUUGUCUCCCUCUGAUCAUUUGGGCUCAAAUGGAUCAGCAGGAUCUAAUUGUGGGGGAACUGUGCUGCUUGCAAGUGGCCUUCUUAUUGAAUAUGACUGGUUGGUUCUUGCUUUGGGAGCUGAAACCAAACUUGAUGUUGUACCUGGUGCAGCAGAUUUUGCACUUCCAUUCUCCACCCUGGAGGAUGCACGUAAAGUUGACGAAAAAUUAAGGGCAUUAGAAAGGAGGAACUUUGGUAAGGAUUCUUUGAUCCGUGUGGCUGUUGUGGGUUGUGGUUACUCUGGCGUUGAGCUAGCUGCAACAAUAUCUGAGAGACUGAAGGAUGGAGGGGUAGUCCAAGCAAUUAACGUAGAAACCACAAUCUGCCCAACUGCGCCACCUGGCAAUAGGGAAGCUGCGCUUAAGGUUCUUUCAUCCAGAAAAGUUCAACUUUUACUGGGUUAUUUUGUUCGCUGUAUUCGGAUAGCUAGUAACUCAGAAACUACAGAGAUUGGUGCAUCUGAGGACAUUGCAGUGCAACAUAGUUCUGACAAAUAUCAUUUGGAGCUACAACCUGCUGAAAAGGGAUUAGAAAGUCAAAUUCUUGAAGCAGAUAUAGUGUUAUGGACUGUUGGAUCUAAACCUCUGCUUUCUCAACUUGAAUCCUAUAACAGGCCCCGUGAGCUUCCCCUAAAUGCCCGAGGACAAGCAGAGACAGAUGAAACACUACGUGUUAAGGGCCAUCCACGGAUUUUUGCACUUGGUGACUCUUCUGCUCUAAGGGAUUCUGGUGGAAAACUUCUUCCAGCAACUGCUCAGGUGGCCUUUCAGCAAGCAGACUUUACUGGUUGGAAUCUGUGGGCAGCAAUCAAUGACCGUCCUCUGUUGCCUUUUAGGUUUCAGAAUCUAGGUGAAAUGAUGACUCUAGGAAGAAACGAUGCUGCUGUUUCUCCAAGCUUCAUUGAGGGACUAACCUUAGAGGGUCCUUUUGGUCAUGCUGGAAGGAAAAUAGCUUACUUGAUUAGAUUACCAACAGAUGAGCACCGGGUUAAAGUGGCGAUCAGCUGGCUGACAAAGUCUCUCAUAGAUUCGGUUGCAUCAGUACAGAGCACCCUAACUAAGGUUCUUUCUGGCUCGUAAGUGCCCUUUCAAUUUACGAAGAAAGGUUGUCAAGUGCUGGUUCUGCUCUGCAUGUUUGAUUCCCAUAAAACCUUACUCAACCAUUAUAAAUCACAUUACUUUUCCAAUUGCUAUUGUGGUUUUAAUGAAUUCCAUCUUGAGAGAAUGUAGGACAUCUUUUUUAAAUCGUCCAUCUAUUUGGGUAUUGGAUUGCCAGUUGUACAGACUUGUUAGGAUGGGGAGAAUUCAUGACCCAUCCUUUUUUAUGCAUGGAGCUGGCCCAGCAAAUGUUUAGAAGUAGUCGUUCGAACAUAUGUAACUUUAAUCUUAACAAGAAAUCGAAAAGUGCAAGAUCAAGCCGGCAA